AUAUCAAUAGAAUCGGUAUGCAUUCUAUGUUAAAGCAUACUGCAAAAGAGAACGAAUAGUCCAUACCCAUCAUCACGCUUGAAAGCACAUCUUCGUUAAAGUCAAUUUCACUUAAGCAUUUUCUUCCGCGAUGGACGUCCAAGUGUUUCCAAUUUCCGAUCUUCCAGUAGAACUGCUGCAGCAUAUUUUCUCAUUCCUGCCGCUGUCCGACCGUAAAUCCGCUUCGCUAGUUUGCCACCUGUGGGAAGAAGUUGCAUUCGGCGUACGGCUAAUGCGCAACGUGGCGCUCGAAAUCCGAGUGUGGUGUAAUUUGCAGCUAACCUACCUCCGGAGAAGCUCCCGCCGCUACAGAAACGUGUUCGUCCAUCUGGAUCCCGUCAACCGUAGGGAGUCUCACAUCAAGUUCGUGUUGGAGGUUUUGGACCUGUUGGGCGCUCAUCUGGAAAGUUUUCAGUGUCUAGCCGUGUUAAGAGUUGAACAGUUGUUGCACAUAGUUAUCCGUUUGCCAAACCUUCAACAUUUGGUAGUCGGUUUGGAUGCCAGUACCUUGACUCGGCAGAAAUUGGAUUUUCCCGCGAUGAAGAAACUGCGAUUUUUGGGAUCAUUGACUAAUGUGCUUCAGAUCAAAAGUCUGAACGUUCCCAAAUUAACAGACAUCAAUGUAGUUUUUACCAGCUCAGUGGAAGGUAGAGAAUCCAUUCCGAUUUUGCAACGGCUGGCUUCUCAGCUCAAGAAAGUGGAAUUGUUUUCGGUGGGAUAUUUCACUCCAAUCGAAGAGCUUCGGUUUCCAAACGCAGAACUGUUGAACAUAGGUGGAAGGUUCUGCGAAGCAGGGAGCGAAUCGGCGUUGAGAGCUUUCUUCUCGGGAUUCAGCGUAUUGAAGGAUGUCAAACUGGAUUUCGCUGUCAGCGAGCUUGUGCUGGACUUGAUAACCAAAGCAUGUCCAGGAAUUGAAAGUUUGCAUUUGAAGAUUCGCCAAUUUGGUCCAGAUUCUUUUCGAUGGAUGGAGCGCCUCAAAUGUUUGAAGACUUUGAGCAUGGGUGGAAUCGACGAUACACUGAGCAAUAUCAAUUGCAAACCGUUGGUAAGCGUCAAACGACUCAGCCUGGAAAUGUCCGGAUGUUCACCAAACUUCAUGAAAGGAUUGCGACUUCUACUGCCAAACGUGACCACUAUGACUGUAACACUGACAGGCGCUAAUGUCGGCUGGUGGUUGGAGCUCAUCUGCCUCAACUUCCGUCAACUUCGACAGCUGACCAUAUCGGAUGAAAUCGAUCGGGAUCGAAUGUUGGCCAGCAGUCUGCUAUCGGUGGGCCAACUGGAACAACUGGAGGAACUUACGUUCAAGAACGUUCGAACACGUGUGGUCUUUAUGCCGGCGAACCCGCGACUUAGACGAUUGGUGAUUGACCACCCCCACUGGUUGAACAACGGAGAUUUGCUGGAGCUGGCGAAGAGAUAUCCGAACCUGAAGUAUCUUGAGCUUGGAUCGGGCAGAGAAGUGACAGAUGCUGGUAUCAAAAAGUUACGAUCCUUGCUCAAGGACUGUGUGGUGCACUGUCCUCCAUCGUGUAUGAACUGGGGUAAUGUUCUUACUGUAUAUCGAGAUGUAUUCGAAAUUCCUCUGCACAUCCUGUAAGGGGGAAGACAAGUUUGAGUGUGUCUCUCACUUACCACUCUGUGUAACAAUGAUACUCUACUACACAUCAUAAGAGUCUUAUCACCUACUGCUACAGCUUCGAUAAUGUCGGGGGACUAACAGUGCAUAAUAAAACCCAUCCAAACAAGCUCCAAACCUGGAACACUUUAUUGCUAUCAUAUGUUCGGCGAUUUUUGAUCAUGCCAGUAGAGUAAAACACCUACCUAUGGUAAAUAAGCGAGAUAAAUGGGUUUUAUCAUCGCUCUCUCUAUGAGACUUUCUUUCCUUGCUGCUGUUUAUCAAGCUUGUUACAAGUUUCAGGCUGCAACUUGCAAAAAAAUGCCGAUCAUGAACAGCUGCGAUGUUCUUCUUCGCUUGCUUUGGUCGUGCUUUGAAACCAAUUGAAAACGAAUUUUGUAGUGCUUGAACUUGUUAUCAACCUAUUAAAAGAGUAAACUAUAAACACUGAAAUAUUAAUUUAAGAACACUUAUUGAAACAAUAAAAUAAAUGAAA